AUGGUGCCAGAUACGGUACGUGUUGCGAUUGCCACCAAUGCACUGGGAAAGUCGGUCGCAGGUCACGACAUCUAUUCGAAACUCGUUGCUGCCCACGCACAUGGCUUUGAUGGGGUCGAAUUGGCAUUUGAAUGCCUCGAGACUCAUGCUUCCACGUCACAGUUUGCCGAAAAGGACAGCCGGGAAGGGAGACUGCGGCUUGCGGCUAAGGACAUAGAAAGCAAGGCAUCGGCUCUAUCGUUGGAAAUCAUUGCCUUGAAUCCCUUCGGCGCAUAUGAUGGACUGAGAGACCAAGGGGACAUUGAGUCACGCCUGCGCGAAGCUGAUCUCUGGCUGCAACUUUGCGAGAUCCUCGGCGCUCCGAUACUCCAAAAACCCCUGACAUCUGACGCUCAUGACAUAGCGAAGAACAUCCGGAGGCUAGGUCUCCUGGCCAAGGAGUACAACAAGAUAGUCGCCUAUGAAGCGACUGCGUGGGGGAUCCAUAUCGACACCUGGCAGCAAACUCGAGACAUCGUCGCCCUAGUCGGACUUCCCAAUGUCCGUCUCUGUCUGGAUACUUUCCAUAUCGCGGCCAGAGAAGCUGGAGAUCCCUUCAACAAGGCUGCCCCGAUUCGAGUAGACGGACGGCGCAGAUUAGAGGAGAGUCUGGCUGAGAUGCGCCACACCGUGACGGCCAGCGACAUUGGAUAUUUUCAGCUGAGCGACGCCACUGUAGCCGAUCCGGAUCAGACUGGGUACCCACGACGCGAUCUUGGUCAGCCGCCAUUCAUGACGCAAUCAAGGAAUUGUCGAAUAUUUCCCUGUGAGCCGCAGUAUGGAGGUACGCUUCCCGUAGUGGAGGUAGCCAGGGCAGUCUUCGACCUGGGGUAUCGAGGGUGGGUUUCCAUGGAAGUAUUCCACACAGACCUGUGGAAACAAGAUCGCUCGUGA